UCGCGUCGUAUGUUAUGGUAUCCCUCCGCCGCAGUCGCACUAGGAAAGAACCCGAACAAAACAGUAGCCCAACUAGCUAGCUUUUUCGACGAAUUACUAUUUGAGAAAUCCCAGUCGGAUAUCUCAGAUACACCUACCGACAGCCUGUCAUUCGUUUGACAAUGAAGUUUCAAUACAAAGAGGAGCACCCAUUUGAGAAGAGACGGUCUGAGGGCGAGAAAAUAAGGAAGAAGUACCCGGACAGGGUACCCGUAAUUGUGGAAAAAGCCCCCAAAGCAAGGAUAGGAGAUCUGGACAAGAAGAAAUACCUUGUGCCCUCUGACCUCACAGUGGGCCAGUUCUACUUCCUCAUCCGAAAACGAAUCCACCUGCGGGCCGAGGACGCCCUGUUCUUCUUUGUAAACAACGUCAUUCCUCCCACCUCAGCCACCAUGGGCCUUCUAUACCAGGAGCACCAUGAAGAGGACUUUUUCCUCUACAUUGCCUACAGUGAUGAGAGUGUCUAUGGAGACAGCCAAACGGAAGUCUAAACCCCUCCCCCCUUCAUCACCCAAGUCUUCUCCCCCAAACCUCCCUUAUAUCCAUUGAAAUGCUAUAUCCAGCUCAGCAGCCUAGUUCCCCGAGCAAAGACGUCAGAUGCACUUCCCCCCCCCCCCUCAUCCAUCCAUUUUUACCUCUUUAAUACUCUUCGCACAGUCUGAAUUUUAUUUGCCUCCGGGUCUCCGAGAUGGGGAUUUCGGUUGAAUGGUCCCGUGGCCAGUUUUCAUAGUGCUUUAAUCAUGCUGAAACGGAUAUGGGAGAGAUGCCAUUUUGAAAUGAGUGUUAGAAUUAGACCAUAUUACCAGUCAUUAUAAAGAUACGUGGAAAAUAAAAUGUAAACUUUGGAUGUAGCGUGAUAGGUUAAAUUCUGCUCCAUUUGGCAAUGAUAAAAUGUCAUGUCAAUGUUUACUAAUGUAUUAGCGCUGGUAAGAUACUCUGACGACGUAGUGUAUUUGACGUCUGACUGAGUAGAAUAGAAUUCCGACUAAACCAUAUUCCGCCUGUCUCCGCUUUCAGUGGUUAAAAAAAAUAUAUAUUUGGAUUGAUUACUAUUAUGAUUCUUUAUUAUUGUACUUGUAAUUUUAGAUGGCUUAAUUUCUGAAAAGUAUUGUGAAGCUCAGUGGAAUUUUACUUUUUAAAAGUUUUGUUCUACUUUAAAAAAGUUAGAACUCGGUAUAGCUGUUACUGGCACUCUCCACUCGUGAUAAAAUGUGCUGAAAAGCCAACUUUGUUUCCUG